AUGGGUGUUGUUUUCCUCUCCUGCGUGCUGGUGAUCUGGUUGGCUAAACCUUCAAGGUUUUGUGUGCCCGCUGACAACCAGAUCAGAAAACAUGUGUUUGUGAACACUCUGAAGAGCUGGUCUGAAGCUCAGAGCUACUGCAGAGAGAAUCACACAGACCUGGCCACUGUGCGCAGCCAGGAAGAAGCAAAGCAGCUCUUCAGUAUUCCAGGAGUGUCUCUCAUUGCUGAUGCCUGGAUCGGGCUGUAUCGUGAUGACACACAGAACUGGCAGUGGUCUAACGGCUAUAAUGUCAUCUACAAAAACUGGACAGAAAACCUCUUCUGUGUUUCAAUCAAUUCAGAUGGACAGUGGGAAGACAGAGUCUGCGGUGAGAUGAGCGCUUUCAUGUGCUACCAAGAGACCAGCAACAUCACUGAGAGAUACACCCUGAUUCAAGAACUGAAAACCUGGACUGAAGCUCAGCAGUACUGUAGAGAACACCACACCGACCUUGUCAGUAUAAAGAACACCAGCGAAAAUGAAGACCUAGUGAAGAAAGCACAGGGCGUGCCCUUCUGGAUAGGCUUGUUCAAUGAGCCCUGGAAGUGGUCACACCAGGGGGAUAACUACACAUUUCACUACUGGAAAAAUGGGGAACCAGAUAAUUGUGAAGGCAGACAGAGAUGUGUGAGGAUGUACAAGAGCGGUGAAUGGGGUGACAAAGAAUGUGACUUGCUGUACCCCUUCUUCUGCUAUGAUGAUGCAACCCCCUCAGACCCUCCUUCAACGCCGCUCUCUGAAGAUGCAACCCCCUCAGACCCUCCUUCAACGCCGCUCUCUGAAGGCUCUGGGGAAUACAACUACUACUCAGGAACAGAGGACUCAGGAUCAGGCUCUGGGGAAUACAACUACUACUCCGGAACAGAGGACUCAGGACCAGAUAAGAUGGAAACAUUAAGAAUCCAAUUAAACGCACCUGCAGAACUGAAUCUUGAAGAUCCCAAAGUGAGCGAAGCCCUUUUAGAGCAGAUUCUGGAACACUUCUCCAACAACUUCCCAAUGGACGGCGUGAAGUUGCGCUGGAGAAAACGAGACGGACAGAUUUUCCACAAGGAUAAUAAAGAGGCAGAGGAGGGGGAGGGGGAGGAGGAAGAGGAGAUGUGCUCUGAGCCGUGAGACACCAACAAAGCAAACUUCUUCAAAAACCCAUUUAAAAAGCUGCUAUACGGGCGCAUCAGUUUGAGAUGGUGUGAUAGAUUCAGAGUGGGAUUAGGGGCUUUUGAGUGUGCCUGUAAAUGUUAUAUUAGUGACUACAACUAUAAUUUAAAUUAGCUGAAUGAGGGAUUUUAUGAUACCUCCUGGGGCAAUAUAGAUUUAUUUUAAGGUGUUGGUUUUAGUUUUAAAUUAAUUUUACAUUUCCUAGUUGUGUAAUUGGGCGGUGGGUAAUAUUUUAAUUUGGUUUUAGUAAAUAUAUACCUUUUACAUUAGUUCUGCUGCAACACUAACUUAUAACAAGGUGAUGGGUAUAUUUGGGUAUUUUAAUUUGAUUUAUAAUGUAGAGAGAGAUAGAGAUUAGAACAUAAGAACAUAAGAACAUAAGAAAGUUUACA